AACGUAUGGAAUAAUAGCCUCUAUAAAUAUUGUGAUCAUUUUUUUUCCAAGCUGUUAUUCGCAGUCAGUUGAAUUUCAUAUAUGGCAUUUCAAUACAUGUGCUGAGUUUCUUUAAAUCGUGUAAGUGGUGCUGCGCUGUAAUAUAAGUCACACUCCAAACUGUAAAGACGCGGCGCCAUGUCGGGGAAACCUCAGGCGCAGAGUCGAACGAUCUUGUGGUGCGUUCCCCGAUCUGUCUCCACGGCCUUAGCACGCUGCCUCAGUGCCAUCGAAGACAUUCAGAUAUGGUUCGAACCAUUCUGUUACUGUUACAUAGCCAAGGUGGAGUUCGAACGAAUCACCGGUAGGGUCUUGCCCGAGGACUAUCGGGGAAACGAGCAGACCUUCCUGGAGGCCUCGAGAAUUCUUCAGAAGUUGACUGCAGCAAAUUUCAAACCCGACUUUUUAUCGUAUCCGUCAAUCAAACAAAAGUUAGAAAAAGCUGACAGUCCCCAUAUAUUUGUGAAAGAGAUCCCGAACGGCUGCGUCGACGAAUUACGUCAUCUCCCUCGCGGUUACCGCCACGCCUUCUUGAUACGUCACCCUCUUCGGACAAUCUCGUCCUUUCGGACAUCGGUCUUCCACCAUCUGCUAGGUCAGGGAAAGCUCCAUGGUGAGGCGGCAGAUGAAGCGACCUUUGACCUCGUCAAACACAAUCCCUACUACGCUUCCGGCUACCACUUCAAAGAGAUCCACACCAUCUGGAAGUUUGUGCGGGAGAAUACCGAUUGCUCCCCGAUCGUCAUCGACGGUGACGAUUUGUUGGCGAACCCUUCCGGAUUACUGCCGAAGUUUUGUCGAGCCGCGGGACUUCCGUACGAUGAUGGUCUUCUGAACUUUGACCCGUCGAUCGAAUCGCUUACCUCCUGGGUCACGGGGGCUGAUGAUAUGCUCAUGAAUAUGGUUAAUUUCUAUAAAGUUGCCAUGACGACAACCCACUUUCUACCCGCUAGAGAGAUACCAAGACGUGAUCAGGUGACCCGUGACGUCAUCAGAUGUGUUGAUGAGGUCAUACCGCUCUACACCGAAAUGUAUGAAACGAGAAUUAAACUGCCUUAAAAAAAUUGUUGUAGUAGUUGGAUUUUGCAAUGUUCACAUAUGAAAUGUCAUUUCCUAGUCAGAUCUAUUACUUCAUCACAUUCAUGGGUUGAGGAUCUAAGUCAUUGUCAUGCAAAACGUCGGAAAUUAUUAUCAAUUAUUUUCUCCCUUUUCUUUUACUUCUUUACCACUUGAAAAGUGGCUAGUCGGGAGGGGGAGGGGGGGGGGUAAGGCCGAUUCGAACCCCUACGUGCCUUAGUCACCCGUACCAUCCAAGACUAAAUUAGCCCGUAUUCACUGAGAUGUCAGUUAGGUUUAAAUCAGGCUAUGGUUUGACUCCGAGCUGAAGUUAUGGGAAGCCGAAAUUUUCAAAUUUUGUUAACAUUGUAUUUUUCGUGCGUUCCUAUUAUUAAUGAUUUGAGCAAUGCCUCGUUCCCAUGCACUGUCGUACGAUCCGUUGCGAAUAACGCCACGAUCGGCCUUUCGUAAAGCCAGGCUCACACUAUGCGAUUCGUUGCGACGCGAUUUUUCAAGAAAAAACUACUCCACAUUAAAAAAUAUACCAUAUUUUGCACCAAAUUUGAAAGUUUCACGAAGUAAAAUGAUUUUGUAUAAAGUUUGGCAUAAUGUUAGGAAUACUAAAAUCACAUUUUUACUUUGCGGCAAGCCCUGUGGUCGGAGUAAAGUUCAAAUCGGCUUCCAGUCGCAGCCGAUAUGACGACAUUACGAUUUGGAUUUGAAUUUGUUUUUAUUCAUUCAGGGAGGCUCGAACUGGGCUGAAUUUCAAUUUCAGUAGUCCUAGGUACUAUUCUGAACUCUGAUCCGUAAGAUAUAUAUUCUUAGGCUUUUGUCUCAUCUGAUGAAAGUAUUAUUUUUAUAGAAUCUUGCGCAUGAGUGAGCACUGUCCAUUUUUGUAAAGCUCACAGAAAUCGGUUUGCGCAGAAACUAUGAUUUUCACGCUGUGUCGAAGGAAAACGGCAAAAAAAAAAUAUCCGCGCUGCACAUUUUUAUCUUUUGGGAGACAUUUCUGGUUAAUGGAAAUAAAACAGAUAUAUAUUUUAACUUUUAAAACUUUUUUCUCCCUAAAUGAUUAUUUUAAGCCCAGGUAAACAUAACUUUUAGAUUGUUUGUGCCAGCUGAUCUGGACAUAAAUUAAACAAACCAUUGUAACCAAAAGUUAAUUUCAGACACCUCCAACCUUAUUUCUUUAUUCAGUUUUGUCCAUUUAAAAGGGUCUACAUUUUAUACUUAAUUUCAUAUGUAUUUCUCCACACUUCCCAGACAUGACAAGGGAUAACAAUAAAAAUCAAGCCUGUUAUUUCAUGCGAAUCACUGCUUUUGUAAAGCAGAAAUAAUCGCGAUGGUCUAGGUGUUUGGGGAGGGGGGGGGCAGUGGCGGUCAAGGGAGUGUUUUGGCCAAGGAAAUAAUUCAGAGAAAGGAAAAGGGUAUCUUCAAAUCAAUCUCCUAGCUAAAGUCCAUAAAGUUUUGCGCAAAUCCUUUUUCACGAACUUUUUAAAAGUAAGUGGUGCUCACUCAAGCGGAAAGAUUUGCCGAUAGUCAUAAUCGCCUACCAAUUAUGAAUGUGGAAAAAGCUUCAGUAUAUUGCAAAUAUAUAUCUUUUUAUAGGGAUAUUUCAAAAUGUAAACUUUUUUAUACGCAUUGUAUAACUCGAACCAGCGCUGCUCAGAGAUUUGUUGGCCGUCCACUUAAACCAUAACUUUAGGCCAGAGUCUAAAUUAAACUGGAGUGUAGAAUACGGGCCAUUUUUUGUCGGAUGUUUUCAGGUGAUGCGAUUUCAUGAGGUAUUUGAUCAAGGACGAGGGGGGAAGGGGGGCAUGCUUUGCCCCUUAAGAACAUUUGCCUCAUUACGCCACUGACCAUUUUUUUUUAAUAGAACGAAGUUCCCAAAUGUUUAUAGGUCACAUGCGUGUGAUUUUGAUUACUUGGACGUAUUUGUAUUUAGCAUUUUACUAAGCACUGUGCUAUUAAAAUUUAUUUGAACAAAACUGUAUUUUAUGUUUGCUGCGCGAUAGAAUUCCAAUGGAUAUUGAUUAAAUGAAACAGACGAUCUCCCUCAUCACCAGAACCAAGGCCCUAUAUAAACGGAAUAGCGUCACCACACUGUGAAACUUGGUUUUAUCUGUCGAGUUGGGACAUCCACAAUACAGGCCACCGCGCACCCAAUACGAUUGGUCUGCGACCCGAGUUUGGAAUCAAGCGUAGUAGAAAUUGAUGCAAAUAUUGAGGCAUAGAAUAUCUUACUGUGUCAUGUUCAAAAUCAUCGUUCGAAUAUCUAUGUUCAAAUGUACAUGUAAUUAUGUUUAAGCCUUUAUUUGCACCUACGGGGCCAAAAGGCGUUCUUAAGGUUCUUUCAAUAAAGUUCAAAGAAAUUAAUUUGGACUUUACUUCAAAAUAAAGGCUUGCAAUCAUCCAAAAUUGUUAUAUUGGUAUUCUUUCAGUUAAUUUGAACCUCAAAUAAAAAGAUACUAUUCAAUGACAUUUUCAGAAAUUGAGAAAAAUUAUGAUUCAUUUCAAAUGGUGUCUUGGACCAGUCAUAAGGUGUGCAGUGGCCUUUAGACUCAUGUCUCAUAUAAAAUCAUAUAAUUUCAUUUAAUUUCCACAUCCAACAACAAAAAUAAUUAAAGUGGCAUACUAUACAUAGAAUAUAAAUAAAACUAAUAGUCAUAUGUUCCUCACUAGAUUUUGAAUUACUGAUAAUCAUUGUAAUUGUGAACCACUACUCAGAUUAAAGAAUAAAUAUCAAAGCUAAAA